AUGAAGUUGAGCGUAGCUACGAUCUCAGCUUUGGCUACUCUGGCCACCGCGGUUCCCCACAGGCGGAACAGUGCACAGUGGGAUCAAGUUCGCUCCAAUAUCAAACAUGUUAUCUACCUGAUGUUGGAGAACCACUCCUUCGACAACAUUGCGGGCUACUGGGACUUUCACCCGGACAUUGACAACUUGCGCAACAUCGACUACUGCAACGAGUACACGAACCCCAACUGGACGGUCUGGGGUGAACCUCUGAACGUCUGCGCGGCCCCAUUUGAGACCGAGGUACCCCUGACUGACCCGGACCACAAUUUCGCGGGUGUCACCUACGAGAUCUUCCGCAAGUGGAACGUCACCAAGGAUGAUGUUCCCAACAUGGGUGGAUUCAUUGAGCGUCAGUCGGAGAAGUACAGUGCUACGCCCGGUGAAUCCAGCUUCGUCAUCAAGGCGUACGACCAGAAGAAAACGGCGACUCUGGCGGAAGUUGCCCAGAACUUCGCCUUCUGGGAUAGCUAUCACGCGGAGCACCCUGGCCCUACCAACCCCAACCGUCAGUUUGCUACUUCGGGCUCCACCUGUGGUAUGGUGGAUAACACUUACCAAUCUGCUGGAUGGUAUGCCAACUACACGGGUACCACGUGUGCCACCUCAAUCUUCGAGUCGCUCAGUCAGAAGAAUAUCACUUGGAAGAACUACUACGAGACCGACAUUGUCGAUGCUUUCAUGUACAAGUGGGUGCAAGACAAUGCCAUGGACCGCCUGGUUCACUCCGACCAGUUCUACCGUGACCUUGAGGAGGGCACUCUCCCGCAGUUCUCCUACUACAACCCGGAGUGCUGCACCAUCGACUCCAUGCACCCGACCAGCAACAUGGCCUCGGGCGAGCAGCUGAUCAAGCAUCUGUACGAUGCGGUGCGCAGGUCGAAGUACUGGGACAAUGUUCUGAUUGUCCUCAACUUCGACGAACACGGUGGUUUCGCCGACCACGUCCCCACCCCUGUCAAUAUUCCCCAGCCCGAGGAUGGCAUUACUUUCUCCGGCGUGUCGGACGGCCACAACGUAACCUACGAUUACACUCGAUUGGGUGUUCGUGUCCCCGCGUUCCUCAUCUCCCCAUGGGUCCCCGCCAACCACCUGAUCCACGACCAAGGGACAAGCUACGCUAACAACUCGGCGUACACCCACACCUCGAUCCUGCACUUCCUGCAGGAGCUGUGGAACCUGGACGGGCUCAACAACCGGGUGCAGUGGGCCAAGACCUUCGAGUACCUCUUCACCGACACCAAGCGGGAGGACACCCCGGAGAAGCUGACGACGCCGACCUGGUACGGGGGCAGCAACGAGCCCAAGCCGGACCCGUUCUACAAGUUGAACCAGGAUUACGACUAUUAUGAGAAUAUGUAAAUACGAGCAGAAGGAUGACGGCCAAAAAGACUACACGGCGGGUAUGAAUGGGGUUUAGAG